AGCUUCUAUGAUCUGCGUGUGUCUGCCCCGACCAGAGGAUGUAUCCACCGUCCAGAAAGGAUUUCAUCUCUCUGACUCUCAGUGAUCCUCACAGUCACGCCUACAACAACGGGAAACACCGCAGACAGUCCUGCUGGAGGAAAUGGAAGCAGCUGUCUCGGCUCCAGAGAAGCCUGAUCCUCUUCCUGCUGGCUCUGCUGCUGCUGUUUGGACUGCUCUCCUACCCCAGCAUCACACACCAGUGGAGAGGCCUCUCUGACAGGGAGGAGUGGCUGGAGCUGAACGACGGAGAGCUGAAGGAUCUUCCUGUAGAAGUGAAGUCCCUGUUGGACCAGGAGGCAGAUAAAGCCCCUCCUCCCCCUGUGGCGGGGCCCCACGUGGGCCCAGCUGUGGACCCAGAUGCUGGAGCUGUGGAGCCGGUGGUGGUGGUGGAGGAGCCCCGAGGACCAGCGGUCCCCAUUCUGCCCAAACCUCCCAUUAAUAAGAAUAAGAUCUUCCCAAACAAGAGAGGUCCACCGAGCCUGCAGAAAGAUGGAAAUGAAACCGGCGGCGGAGAGAAAAAACCAGUUCAAGAGGCGGUUCAGGAAGUAGAAGCAGAGGAGGACAAAGAGAAGAAGAUCGUCAGCUGGAGAGGAGCUCUGAUCGAGGCGGACCAGGCCUCUGAGCCUCCUCCAUCAGCUGGAGAGAGAGAAGCUGCAGCUCCUCCAGCUCCGGUUAACACCGCUGACGCCGUCCCACCAGAAGUUCCAGCGGUGGAGCGUCUGGAGGCGGUACGUGAAGCCUUCAGACAUGCCUGGAAAGGCUACAAGGCGUUCGCCUGGGGCCACGACGAGCUGAAGCCCAUCUCCAAGUCUUUCGGCGAGUGGUUCGGACUGGGGCUGACGCUCAUCGACUCUCUGGACACCAUGUGGAUCCUGGGCCUCAAAGAAGAGUUUGCGGAAGCGAAGGACUGGGUGGAGAAAGAGCUCUCCUUCGACAAGAAUGUGGACGUAAAUCUGUUUGAGACGACCAUCCGAGUCCUUGGAGGCCUGCUGAGCACCUUCCAUCUAACAGGAGACCAGCUCUUCCUGGACAAAGCUAAAGAUCUGGGCUCCAGGUUGAUGCCGGCCUUCAAGACUCCGUCAAAGAUCCCGUUCUCAGACGUGAACAUCGGGAAGGGGACGGCCCACCCGCCGCGCUGGACCUCUGACAGCACGCUGGCCGAGGUCACCAGCAUCCAGCUGGAGUUCAGAGAGCUGAGCCGCCUCACCCAGGACCCCCAGUACCAGGACGUGGUGAACGAGGUGAUGAAGCUGGUCCACAACCUGCCGGGGAAACACGACGGCCUGGUGCCCAUGUUCAUCAACACCAACAGUGGACAGUUCACCCAUAAAGGAGUGUUCACGCUGGGAGCCAGAGCAGACAGCUACUACGAAUACCUGCUGAAGCAGUGGAUCCAGGGAGGGAAGACGGAGGACGACCUGUUGGAGGACUACCUGCAGGCCAUGGAGGGAGUGAAGAAACACCUUGUGAGACAGACGGGAUCCAACAAGUUGACCUUUGUGGGAGAGUUGUCCCACAGCCGCUUCAACCCCAAAAUGGACCACCUGGUGUGCUUCCUUCCGGGGACCUUGGCUCUGGGGGCCCAUAACGGGCUCUCUGGAGACCACAUGGACCUGGCGGUGCAGCUGAUGGAGACGUGUCACCAGAUGUACGAUCAGAUGGAGACGGGGCUCAGUCCAGAGAUCGUCCACUUCAGCCUGCAGGCCAGCGACGGAAACAAGGUGGUGGUCAAGCCUGCAGACAGACACAACCUGCUGAGACCAGAAACAGUAGAAAGUCUCUUCUACAUGUACAGAUUCACUAAGGAGACCAAGUACAGAGACUGGGGCUGGGACAUCCUGCAGAGCUUCAACAACUACACCAAGGUCCCAGACGGCGGCUACACGUCCAUUAAUAACGUGCGGGACCCCUUGAACCCCGGGCCCCGGGACAAGAUGGAGAGCUUCUUCCUGGGUGAGACCCUCAAGUACCUUUAUCUUCUCUUCUCUGACGACUCGGAGCUGCUCAGUCUAGACAAGUAUGUUUUUAACACGGAGGCCCACGCCCUCCCGAUAUGGCCCUCUCCCCCCAAGUGAAGUCCCCGUAAAGGAGGUACAUGGGUACAGAUAUCAGGCCCCCAAUAAGUCCUGAAUGACUGUUAUUGGCCCUCAGUCAGGCUCCUGCAGCCGUCCUGGCCGGACCGCGUGGACCACCGUCCAACUGUACUGUGAUACGUUUCCAUGUGGAGGAGUUUAUCUCAUUUUUGUUCCUUUUUUUCUUUAUUUUUCCUAAGGAAAAGGUUUGUGUUAGAGCUGGUCUCUAAUGUAAAAAGUUUUUUUUUUUUUUUUUAAAUCAGCUCUGACUAGCUGGCUCCAACAGGAGACGAGAAAGAAGACGGUGAGAGAGUUUUAUUACUGGAGCGACUGGGAGAGUUAUAGUGUGUUUGUAUGUGGAAACAACAGUCAUGUCAUUGCGUCGGGAGGUGAAACUUCUCAUUGAUUCCUACAGAAGCAGGAGUCCACAGAUCCAUUAUGUUAACCCUUUGAUGCUCAACAUGGUCUAAAGUGACCCGACUAAGUUUUUAUGUUCUAUAUCUCUACAAUAAAUUAAUUACAUCAUUCAGCAUUGCAGGUUUUCCUCAAAUAACUUGUUUUUGAUCAUCAUACAUCCUAAUUUUUUGUUUUCAUUUCUUACUUUUUUAAUAAAAACCCUUUUUUUAUCACUACUCUUCUAAUGCACAAGGUGAUUUCUGACCCAUGUUGUGCAUUAGAAGGUGUUUAUAUGUUGUCACCAAUUUAAAACCUGACAAAGAAGACACAAAUAUUAACUAUGCUUUUUUGUUAAAUUGGUGUUUUUUCCAAUGGAAAUUAUUAUUUGGUGGCUCUAAUAAGUCUCAAAUGUUAAAAUAUGUGAUUCUAAUGUAAUCUGGUGGUUCUAACAACUCUUUUAAAGUUAAACCUUCAAAAUAAGACAAACAUAGUUACACAUUGUCUUUUUUUGGUCAUUUUGUGUCUUUUUUUUAAGUGAUUUUGUGUCCUUUUUGGUCAUUUUGUCUUUUUUAGUCCUUUUUUUAGUCAUUUUGUGUUUUUUUGUCAUUUUGUGUCUUUUUUUGGUCAUUUGGGGUUUUUUUGGCCAUUUUGUGUCUUUUUUUUGUCAUUUUGUGUCUUUUUUUUGGUCAAAACU